AUGAAGUCCAUCCUUUCAAUCAGUCUCAUUUCGUUGCUCCAUGCCGGGCUCCUCUCCGCAAACCCGGUCAGCUCACCCUUCAACAAAAGAAAUGACCGUGGCUCGUACACCGCGAGUGGUUUGGGAUCUCGCAAGCAAGCCAUUACCAGCGCCGGUGGUACCACGCUCGAUCUCGCCAUUGCUAUGCUGGAAACAUCGGAUAUGAACACUGAUUAUACCUACGGAGAUGGCAAAACCGAAGACUCAGCUAAUUUUGGCAUCUUCAAGCAAAACUGGUUUAUGCUUAGAACCAGCGCGUCGGCUUUUGAAGAACAAUCGACGAGCAGUUGGAAUGACGGGGCGGUGUUAAACUUCUGUAGCAGCGAUUUGUCUAAGGAUAUUGCCUCCCGGCAUCAGAGCCAAGACCACUACGGGUACGAUGCGUGGUUCGGAGGCCACAGAGAUGGGGAGAGCGGGGUGAAUAACCCCAAUACCGAUGAUAUCAACACCUACAAAUCCGGUGUAGAAUGGAUCCAGACCCAGAUUGAAAGCAGCUCGGCUUAUCUUACUGACGAUACCAAGUUUUGGGUUGACGUCACUCCUAUCUAA